GGGCGCGCCAUGGAAGAAGAAGAAGCGGCGGCGGCGGCGGCGGGCUGGGGCUGGGCGGCGCUGGUGCUGCUCUUCGCCGCCUCGCUGCUCACCGUCUCGGCCUGGCUGCUGCAGCUGGGCCGGAGCCUAUGGCGCGGGCGCGGACGGGCGGCAGGAGCCCCGCGCAGCCAGGCGGCCCCCGCCGGCCUCUGGGCGGCCGUGCUGCGCCUGGGCUCGGGCCGCGGGAGCUGUGCGGCGUCCGGGGCCCGCGGCUUGCUCGCCUCGCUCUUCGCCUUCCGCGCCUUCCGCGAGAACUGGCAGCGAGCCUGGCUGCGCGCCCUCAACGACCAGGCCCGCCAGCACGGGAGCUCGGUCCAGAUCACGUUCGAGGAAAGCCCUCGGCAGUUGCCAGCCGUAACUAUCAGCCACGUGGCCUGCACUGACCAGUCGGAUCGCAGGAUGGUCUUGCACUGCCUCCUUUCAACUGACACGCUGCAGUUCCCUGUCUUGGUUGCCCAGCAGUCUCCGGCCGCCGUGUCCAUGGACACCUAUUGCGUCUCCCUGGCUGUGCAGCAGGCCCAGCUGGAGAUCUGCCUGGAGGAGGUGGAGGACGAGGGGCUGCUGGUCUCCUGGGCAUUCAAAGACAGGCCUGACCUGAAGCUCUCCAUCCCACCGAGACUCCAGCCGCACCGGGAAAGCGAUGGGAAGGCGGACUUGUCUAUUAUCAAGAAUCUGAUCGAAGACUCCAUUAUCAGCACCCAGCCUGCCAUGAUGGUGAACCUGAAGGCCUGCAUUAUGAAUGCCAACACGGAGACCAGCAGCAGGCCGUCCCUGGGCUCCCUCUUGGGCUCAGCACCUGCCCUGACGCCAAGGCUGCUUCUCCAGCACCUGCGCGCCCUGCACCUGACGCCCCGGGAGAGCCAAGGAAACGGGCUGCUGUGCUGCGAGGUGGAGCUGGACAGCCCUCGGCAGCAGAAGAGAACGGCACCCGUGCCGGCCGGUCUGGCCACUGAGGUGGAGUGGCCCGGCAAGCUGCUUCUGGAGCUUGGCCCCCGGAGCAAAGAGCUGGUGCUGAGGGUGUUGGAAGGCAGCCCUUCCGGAGAGGAUGUGCUUCUGGGAUUUGUGGCUGUCCCCGUAGACCCCUCCUCCAAAGAGCCGCAGGGUCAGCAGCUCUACCUGCUGAGCCCAGGGCCCGCCCGGGCUCUGCCCCCAGCAGCCGCCAUUGCCGUGGAGCUGCUCCACCAGGACGUCCCAGAGCUCCAGGCUGCCUCCUCCCUGCGCACCAGCAUCACCCCCACCAAGAAGGUCGAGAUGGGCCGGACCAUAAUGCCCGAUGGCACCAUUGUUACCACCGUCACCACCAUCCAGUCCAGGCCCAAACUGGACUGUAAGCUUGAUUCCCCCUCCAGGUCUCCGUCCAAAGUGGAAGUGACAGAGAAGGUCACCACGAUGCUCCCGGAGAACGGCUGUCCCAGCAGAGCCUCUCCCUGCAGCAGCCGAAGCAGCUGCGUCUCCAACGGCCUGGAUCCCGUGGCCGAGACGGCCAUUAGGCAGCUGACGGACCUGACCAACAAGCCUGCCAAGAAGACUCCGACCAAGCGCAGCACGCUGAUCAUCUCAGGGGUUUCCAAGGUACCCAUCGGCCAGGACGAAACGGCCCUCUCCCUGGGCUACGCGGGGUCCCUGCAGGAAGACUCCACCCUGGCCGGCCUCUCAGAAUACGCCCCACUGAGCACCUGCGAAACUACGCAGCCGCUGGAAAGUUCACACUCGCCGCAGAUGGCGAGCCAGGAUCUGGACGAAACCACCCAUUCCGACAUCUCCGAGAGACCCUCAGUGGAUGACGUGGAGUCGGAAACCGGCUCGACAGGCGCCCUGGAGACCCGGAGCCUGAAGGACCACAAAGUGGGCUUCCUGCGAAGUGGCACCAAGCUCAUUUUCCGGAGGAAGAACAAGCAGAAGGAGGCUGGGCUCAGCCAGUCGCACGAUGACUUGCCCAACGCCAGCACCGCCUCCUCCGCCCCCAGGAAGAAGUCCGGAAGCUUCUCUCGGCGCCUCAUCAAGCGCUUCUCCUUCAAGGGCCGGGCAAAGAGCAAACCCAACGGGAGCAGCCCCCCGUCAGCGGAGAAGCCCUGAGGAGCCGCUGCGUCAGCCGUCUCCAGAAGCCCCCCCCCCGACCGUCACCAGUGGUUGCUGUCUAUGCACCGUGGCCCCCAACCCCCCCCCCCCAAAUCCUCCUGUGCGAAGGAGCGAAGUCCUGCCCAGAGCCUUCGGACACGGACGCUUGGUGGCAUGAGGAGUGUAACGGACACCUCGGAGCAUCUGCUGAACGCUCCUCUUUUAGCCUAGGUGGGGAGGGGGCAGCCCCCAGGGCAGCCCGAAUCUGAAACCCGUGUGUGUGUGUGCGUGUGUGCGUGCGUGUGCGUGUGCACGUGCAUGUGAGACGCAGAAUGAUUUUAUGGUGGCGCCUCCAACCACUGCCACUCUGCCUGCCAGGCUGUGUUGAACAGCAAGGGCAAGUAGCCGGUGGGUCCGUGGGAGGAGGGGGAGGAGGACAGGCAGGCCAGGCUCUUGGGCCCCGAAAUGUGGCUCCCGAAGACCCUCCCUUCAGUGGCAGAGCCCUCAACCCAGCCUUGGCUGCUGCCAGGAGGGAGCAAGAGAGCUUCCAAGCAGAAGGCUGCCUCCUCAAUCUCUUCCCUGUGAGCCUCGGGGGCAUGGAGGCACCCGGCUGAGUUCCCCGCUUUGCUGGGCACAGAAGGGACGGGGAGAAAGGAGGCGCCGUCUGCUGGACACAGCGCCGGAGGCUCCCCAAGAGGCAGAGACUGGAGUGCACCGUCCUGAUCGGUACCAUUAGGAUGUCCAGCUGGAUGCCGCUCCUGACCCUGACUGGCAAUGCACAUGAAUCGGGGGGGGGGGGGGAAGGGGGGGACACUUGCUGAGGCUGGGCUGGCCCCUCCCUGCAGGUUCCUGGAAACAGACUGCGGGUGGGGCAACAAGGAAAUCACUGUUUUGUAACCUAGAAGUCAGGUUUUGGGAGAAGUUUGGAAGAGGCUUUGCUGAAACUCCACGUUUCUGAUUGGCAAUGGAGGAGGGGGGUGUCAUUUAAUUGCAGGUGGGAUGGCUCCCCUUUCCUUGGAGCAGGUUGAACCCUGCCUAAGCCCCCAACCCCCCACUGGGCUUCUCUUCUGGCUGCCUGGGUCUGCGGGGCAGGGCUCUCCCUCAGGGGAACAGGCUUUUGCCUGGAAAGAAAUGCCCGCAGCUUUCCCCACGGAGGACUGCACCCUUCAGGAGGGGCAGGGGGCAUUGUGAGGGGGGUAGGGCGGUGUCGGGGGGGGGUGUUGUCUGCCCGGGGAAGGAGGGAGGUGGGUCCAGCGGGCAUAUUGCUCCUGCUGGCCCUCCAGGCCUUCUCCCCUGGGGUGUCCUGGGAGCCCCAUGCACUGGGGGGCACUUCCUAUGACUGUCCCUGUCCGCUCGGUUGGAGGGGGGAGAGGUGAAGAGUUCGAUUUAGGCUGUUCAGUUGAGGUUGAAGUCAUUGGUGCAGCUUCGCUGUGAGACCGGCUGUUCCACAUUCCUCUCCUGACCCCCCCUGCUGCCUGCGACUCUGUGAUUUGACUCAAGCCUGUCCGAACGUUGCAGAUAACUUCUGUAUUUGCCUAUUUGCUACCUUUGCCCUGUUUGUCCACUCUUGGUGGAAUUACUUGUAGAUUUACCUUUGGAACCCUUUGGAUCAGGGGCGUCCCGGCUUUUUUUCCGUUUCUAACAGGGGUGCAGAUAAAAGAGUCAGCCCUGCAUUCUGACUUCUGUGGAACCUGCUGCUUUGGUUUAGGAAGGAGUGGAGAGGGAGGGCGCCUCCUCGCCUGGCACAUCUGUCUCAGAGCUUGACCAGUGGGGUCCUUGGACUUAGCCCAGGGUGGCCGGACAAGUUGGCUUCCACCAGCUGCCCUUAGCGUCCUCGAUGUCAAAGUUCAAUGUCCUUCCUGGCUUCUCUUGAUCCUCUUGCUUGGGAAAUGUUUGCCAGAGAAGGAAGGGGGCAGCCCGGAGCCUCGUCUUGUCGGAGGAAAAAGUUGAGUCAGUGCAAUAAAAGUGAUGGCCAGGAACCAAUUUGUCAUUUGCUUAUCCGGCAUAAGGGCGAAUAAACAACAUGGGUCAAGGAAA